GACAAAAAUGUUUUCUCUUACAACUUCUAGUUACAUAGUUUCGUUUCGACUUCCGCCAACGAUAGCAAUUUGGAGUAAAGCCCGCGAAAUCUAUUCACAUGGAAUUCAGAAAGCACGCCAGCUCAUAAGGGUAUCGAACCUAUCGUGAUAACAUUUUUUUAAAACUCAAAAGCUUUGUGUUUCCUUAGCGAAAAAAUGGCCAAACAAGGACAGGGUGUACAACUUGGGUAUGGACUGCUACCUGGUAACAAACGUUUUUCCACCACUAUUAGCGAAUAUGAGCAGAUGCACAAUAACAACAUAGCUGAUAACAAAUUAGUUCUGGCACGCCUUUUAUCUGAAUAUAGACUUGAAGCUCCUUCACAGCGGGUGACAAAUCAUAAGGUUCGCCGAUCAUCAACAAAUAACAAACCAGUAGUACUACGUCGAAAUCCUGCUCGAAGUACUCGUAGUCAUUAUAGUUUAUCAGUACUAGCUCCUGCCACAAGACAACGUAGAGGUUCUGUAUCCUCAACUGUGUCCUCGUCUUCUUCAUUGUCAUCUGUAUCACCUUCUGUUUCACCUGAGAAACUCUUAGUUCGAUUUCCAUUUUUCAAAAGACCUAUCUCUGAUGGCAGCUCCAUUGAUUUUAUUGAUGACAGUGAUGAUGUUUCAAGUGAACAAUGUCUUCUGGACAAUCGAAGAAUGGCUCGAGUUCCACCAAAAGUGAAAUCCCCUGAUGAAAUAACAGAAGCUGAUUUAGAAUUGGUUGCUGAGUAUGUUAGCCAAAAGAAAUACGACAGUUUAUGUGGUACAACAUGCCAUCAGUGCCGGCAAAAGACAUCAGAUAUGAAGACUAUUUGCCGGUCAUCUAACUGUGUUGGUGUUCGUGGUCAAUUUUGUGGACCUUGUUUAAGGAACCGGUAUGGUGAAGCUGCUGUUGAUGCACUCAAAGAUGCGAACUGGGUGUGUCCACCUUGUCGAGGUAUCUGUAACUGCAGUUUCUGCCGAAGGAAGAAGGGGCGUGCAUGUACUGGUAGAAUGAUACACCAUGCUCGUGAUAUGGGGUUUUCCAAUGUCAGUGAUUAUCUAAAAAGUUUGAGAAAAUAAUAUUCAUGUACAACUGAUGGCCUUAUGAACAACCAACAUAAUAUGAGAUAAUUAGUUUACUGUGAUAAAAGACUUGAAGUGCUGCCUUGAAAAAUUAACUGCAUUUUCCUGAGGGCUAGUCAAAGGACUUAACUGAAUGUUUUUUUGCUUUCUUUGAUGUUCAUGUUACAUUUUGUUGAAUUCGUUUGAACCCCCUCAUAAGUUGAUAUUUGAAUACAUGCAAAUAGUGAGGAUAAAAAAAAAGGCCAUUUACUUCUUCUUCAUGUAGACAUGUGUUGGUACUUUUAUUGUUGAUACCAAUUUUGCUACUACCAGGAAGUGCCAUCAUAAUAUACUGUGCAACACAAAACAGUUACACAGUGGUUCUUCAUGAUUUGCCUUAAAACAAAGGUGUCAUUUGACAACACUCAUUCAGAAAUUUAUCACCUGUCAUUAAAUAGAAAAGUGGACUUCUCAAGCCUGAAUUUUAAACUUCUACCAUUUUUAUCUUUUAAUCUAUAAAACAAAAAAAAAAAUAAUAAUAAUUACAAUACUGUGUAACACGAUUUUGUCCUUGGGUAGCAACUGUUAUUUCCUAUUUGCUUACCCUUUGGAAGUAUGAAAAAUGGCUAGUAUUUCUUCCAAAUUUAGCUUUUGUUACAUUUGUUCAAACCCAAAAGAAUCCCUCUCAAUACAUGACUAUGAUGCUCUCUCACUUCUCCUGCUCAUGAUCAGAGACGUACAUAUUAUCAGCCACUAAAAGACAUGCUCAAGUGGUUAUGGUCAAGCAAAUCUGGUAUUGAGGAGAAUAUUUGCUAUAACGAUAUCUUUAUUUCAGCAACUUGGUGCUGAAUCUGUCUUAAAUGUAAUGGAAAAUAGGUUAAUUUCAACACAUUGAUGUCUGAGUCACAAAUGCAAAAUCUGAAGGGAAUAGUAGUCUUUUCCUUUGAUUUCUAGAUAGAAGCAAAUAGGAAAUAACACUGAUCAAAGACGAAAAAAAAAAAAAAAGAAAAAAAAUUUGUUACCCAGUGUUAUUUUGACAAACUGUUCUGUGUAUCUAAUUCUGAUAUUAGAAACCACUCUAUGGGAGUCUAGUUCAGGUAAAAUUGUAUACUUAGAUACGUAGAUUCACACUUGUAAAUAGUUACUUUGAAACAUGAUAUAUAUUUAAUAAAACUUUUAUUUAAUGUAA